UAGCGGAGCGCCACUGACAAGUGCUCUACGAUACGGAGAGAGACGAAAGCUGCUCGCUUUGGAGCGAGGCAACUGUUUGUAAUGGCGGAGCCUAAUUUUAUCAAGUGUGUGGUGGUCGGCGAUGGUGCUGUAGGCAAGACGUGUAUGUUGAUGAGCUACGCAACAAACAGGUUCCCCACGGAAUAUAUACCCACAGUGUUCGACAAUUAUGCAGUGACCGUGACCAUCAGAGACACACCCUACCAGCUGGGGCUGUUCGACACGGCGGGACAGGAGGAGUACACCAGUCUAAGGAUGUUGUCCUACACAGAGACGAGCGUGUUCCUGGUCGCCUUCUCGGUCGUCAAGCCCGACUCCCUGAAGAACCUGGAAUAUAAGUGGAUUCCCGAGAUCAGACACAAUAGUCCCAAGACGCCAUUCCUGCUUGUGGGGACUCAGGUGGACUUAAGGGAGGACGAACCCACGAGGCAGAAACUCCAGAAGAGGAAACAGAAGCCGGUGACUGUGGAGGAGGCGGAGAGAGUGUGUGACAAACUUGGGGAUUCCUACGUGGAAUGCUCAGCCCUGACCAAGAAAGGGUUGAAGGACGUCUUUGAUGAAGCUAUCAUAGCUGUCCUGGACCCUAAAGUGCAGCCCAAGAAACUCGGGAAACGGAGGUGUAUCAUAUUGUGAUCACGUGACUCUAGGUCAGGUUUGGGACCAUCUCAGUGCAAAGUAUAUAUUUUAUAAAACUAUAGAAGGAACCCCGUCCUUGCCUUACAGUCGAUGAUUGGACUGCUUGCAUAGGCGGACGGCCAGAACCAGUCCACACAGUGAGGAUAUAGCCAGUAGCCCUGUGAUAGUAGGGUGGUCCGUAUGUUGGGGACGUACCCGAGGCUGUGUAUGUGCGUGCAGGGUGUGUGCAGGUGCGUGCAGGUGCACGGAGUGUGUUGUUGAGGAAGGUAGCGUGCUUACACAUGCUGAUGAAACCAAGGCCAUCAGGUUAAACCAUGCAGCCUGGCACAGUUGGAGGCAGCAGGGUAUUUGAGUGCACGGGCAGUGGAACCUGGUUGUUUCUGAAAUUACGGGACAUAGGGCCUGGUUGUUUCUGAAUGGAAAUAUGACAUCAUACGGACAGUCACAGAAAGUGGAGAAUCAAGACUGAAAGACAGCUGAAAUAUCAAAGAAAGCCGCAGAAGCAACCGUGAAGCCUUAAGUGUGGUCAUACAGACUCGUGUUUCGUGUCAUUCGACGUGUCAUGCUAGCUCAUGUGCGAUACAUGUCUGGAACUGGAGUAUUAUGGAAUGAUAUUUGUAAAACAAGGAAUACUGUGACGUCAGAAUGGAGUGCAGAAUCUUCAUAUAACAUGUUUCCCAAACAUCGACACUGAUGCGACAACUGAUGUCAGAAAAAAGCAUCUCAUGCAGUUGCUAGGCAACAGUAUAAUGAGCUGACGUGUCAAACCUGAGAAGCAGUGUAAACAAUUAACAUUCUCACUGACGUCUAAAUAUGAAAUGGUGACCUCAUGAAAGUUCAGUCAGGGUAUGGAACCAGGAGAUUACAGUGUGGACGGGAACGGGUUGAGAGGCGGGUGAAGUAGCCAUCACACACAUCAGUAUUUUACACCCGUGUCGCAGUCGGGCUCGCUUCCACACGGCGGUCGUAACGGUGACGUCGUAACGUAUACUUACCAUCGUCGUGGACGUAUACUAGCGCAGUGUGGAAGGUUUCCGAUGGUGUAUUUUGUGUAUAUUAUGACACACAACGAAAACGCAUAAUUUAAUUAACCUCGGGCAAUAAAUCGAUUUUAGCGUAAAUAUUUCCCCACGCGACAAAACAUAAGACAGUGUUGUGUUGGGGUUGGUCAUCUCCUGCCUAAAAACAACAACAAUAACAACAACAACGUCAUGUGCCCUUUCCGACCGAAAGGUCAAAUAGAAAAAAAAUCGAAUAUGCGUUUUCCAUGUGUUUCAGCAUAGCUGUGCCAUUAGCUUGAUUUUACUGUGACCUGUCGGGUUGCAUCGUUGACGGCUUUUAUCAUCAUGUAUUGUCACCCGCUAGGGGGCGCUGAGGCUUAAGUAUUGUUUUGCAUGUUUUCUACUGUGUUUUUUUUUAAAAAUUCUUACACCAAUGAGUUUUAUAUAAUCGAUAGUGUAUACGACAUUGUGUAUGAUAGUAUUUCUUCCAUGGAAACACAUUUUGCCUACAUUCUUGUUGGAGAGAAUGCCAUUUGAUAUAGUCAAUCAUACAACACACACCCGUGCUAUGAAUCCCGGUUUGCGAUGAUUAGAUUUCUGAGUUUGUCAGCGCCAUACUUCGGGCUUUCCUGGAACCUAAAAUUGACGUCCCGUGAUCUGUCCACAGCGGCGUUGAACUCCACUCACUCACUCACUCACUUACUCACCAGGCAAAAAAUGAAGGAUGUUCUUGAAAUAUCGGACGUCAGUGGCAGACUGCAAACAUAAUCAUGUAUGGACCCCAUCCUUGACGGUGCCAGAGAUCAGGUUCACAGAGACAAUCUGGUGAAAAUAGAGGUGUAUCUGAUUCGAAUGUAUGUUAAAUUUUCCCACUCAAAAGAACUGAUGGACCACCCUCUUCUUUCAUGGCACUAUUGUCAAUGUGUUAUACUAGAAGGAAACCUUUGCUCUGCUAGAACACCGUGCUAUUAGUACAAUGGUGGCUCUCUGUUUACACGAUGUUGGUACAUGAGUACAAUGUGUGAAGCCCAUUUCAAGUUUCGCCCGCCGUGAUAGUGCUGGAAUAUAAAAGCGGCGUAAAAUCAUACUACAAUCUGUUAUUCACGGUAAGUUAGUGUAGACGCUGUAGGUACGACUUGAGCAGCUACUUACAGCAACGUGACCGAAACCGGGGUUAUGCUGUUUUGCGGAUUUGUUUUCUUACGGAACUGAUAUUUUCCUGUACAGUGGGACGUGUAAGUUGAUGGUAUGAGACCAGACCAUGGUUAUCUCGGUACUGGCUUUGGUUGCAAGACGAUGACAGUAAUAUAUAUGGUGAUUCGGGAGGCAACUUGUCCUGUUUGCAGCCAAAUAUAUGCUGGCUCUGAUUCUAUGCCCAGAUGCACGUGAGGUGCCUUGUUUCUUAAGUUGAAUUGAAUUACAUGAUUUUUUUUCGACAGGAUCCAUGUACUAGCAUGUUUAAAUGAAAGUGACUUAACCGAUCCAGGUUGUAUAUAGUGUACAUUAUGCUCAGACUACGCAAGAGGUUUAACUAGAGAAACAAUCUUCUGUCCAAUAUAUUAUUGUUAAAAUGACACUGUCUCUGUGAUAUAUCAGAUCAUGUUAAUGAAAUUAAUGUAUGUUGAUUUUGUUAAAAUGUCGCUUGGCAAUACAUUAUACAAGACGUGUGUGUUGUGUUGCUGUCGUCUUUCAUGGUGAAUAUGUUCUAGUCUGUCCUCGUGAAUAGAGUAUACUAGAUGUAUGUAUUAAAUACCCCUUCAUGAAUACGGACAAAUGCACGGUUACAGCCGCAUGUGCAGAAACUGUACAAUGUGACCCUGUGUUUGUACAUCCAUGGAGGAUUACCCCACUCUACCACUUACCCACAAGUGGAAGGCGACAUCUAGAAGCUGGGUGGGGCAAGAGGUAGAAGGGGAGGUAAGCCGUGUGCUACUACAGUGACUCGCCAGAUCAGGGUUUAUUCGUACGGCUGCUCCAUACUGCCCUACGUGUACGUAUAGUAUUCUGCUGAGUUUCUCACACUCGACUCUGACUCUGACUGCUGCUUUGUUUUAUCGGACAUUCAUCUGUGACCAUACAUGUACUAUAUCACAUCGUUGUCAUAAUCAACUAUUUUAUACAGACAAUAAAACACACUCAAAUAAAAUA